AUGGAAGUCGCCAUGCUCGCUCGUCAUGCGGAGGAGCAGUCAAGUCGACUCCGAGAUCUCGAAGAGGAAGUCAGACCAAUGCAGCGUGAAACAAGGGCACUGCGUGUGCUCUGCGCCAAUGCUAUUCUCCGGCGUCUUCGAUUAUGGAGACUCAGCUUCUGCCGCGAGGUUCUCGCGAUUUGGGCCUGCAGCACGCAAAAAGAAGCACGAAAUGUCGAUCGCGAGGCAGAUGCCCUCAUGAGACAGGUGAGAAUUGCAUCUCCUCUUCUGAUCUCCUCCUCUGUGAAUGCUCUUCUGGGCACAAAAGAUGUGGAGCGACUCAAGCACUUCGUAUUGGAGGCAUGGCUCAAGGCUGCCGAGGAUCUGCGGCACCUUGCCACCCUCCAGGAGCUGCGGGAGGGAACGCGGCUAGCCGAGUCCAGGCUCACCGAAGAGAGUGCACACGCUCGUCAGCGUGCUUCCAAGGCAGUUUUAGCGUGGAUCACACAGCAAGACGUCCUGGGCGGGAGCAUGCAGGCCGAGGACGUGCGGGCGGUGCUUCAAGGGUGGGCUUUGGCGGGGGACUUACGAUUCGGGAGCCGUUGUUCUGGUAAAGGCAUGUUGGCACCGCGGUCAUGCAUGGAAGCAAUCUGGCGCAGCCGACAGCUUCACAGCGCGUCCUGGUCCCCACGCCUUCGACUCCGGGGUUUGCCUUUCGCCGCCUCCGAAGCGGACAUCCACGCUUUUCUGCAAGGCUUCGAGUUAGCUGGCAACAGCGAUGUCAGGGGCGAUGUUGAGAUUAUCAGGAGGUCGAGCGACAACUUGCCCACAGGCCAUGCCCUCGUCUAUUUCAAGGAUUGGGAGGAGGCCUGCCGUGCACGUCGCGAGAAGCAACGAGCCUAUCUCGGCAACCGCUGGAUUGAAAUGUAUGUGGACUGGCAGAGCAAGCUAAAGCACUUCAGAAAGCAGCGGGCGGAGGUCGAGAUUACGAAUCUCUGUUUGAAGACCGGCGAGUGGUUGGAUCACCUCAUGCUGUGCAAAGCACUGCAGUACUGGCAGCUGGCCGUCCUUACUCAGAUCACCUGGCAUCGGCAUUCAGAACUUGAGUUGGCGGAGCGCCGAGUGGUCCGUCAUGCUGGGGGCCUUCGAAAGGUUGCCCUCGCAGCUCAGUCUCGCAAAGCGCGGACGGUCGUGGCCCUUGCGCGCACGAGCAUUCUCGCUGGUGGGGCUCAGGUUCAGUCCAAGUCGGAUGAUUUCCGGCAUAACGUCUCCUGUUCCCGCGUUUGUUUCGGGGCCUGGGCUCGAAGUGCAGCGCUACUCACAGCGCAGAAGGUGAUCGAGACGGCCCGGAAGCAAGUCGAGCGCCAGCAGUUGACAUCCAUGCACAUGCUGUCCAGGGAGAAGGCGAGGCUGGCCGACACCGUGUUUAUGUCGAUGACUGCAACUUUUGGUGCUCGAGACGCUUCAGACAGUUUGUCUUCUGGACGCUUUCUGGUAAAACGUUGCUUUCCGUGGUGGAGACGCCAGGCUGCCUACAUGGCUGCGAAACAGCGCGUCCUGCGAAGAGAGGCAUCGAACCUGAAGCUUCAGGAGGACAUGCGUCGCUGUGGUAAGGCACAUCAACGCCGCUGGGCAUCCUGGGCUGCGAGCUCGAAGCUGCGGCGGCAACACUGGCAGCACGUACGUGAGGCCUUCCAGGCUUGGAGUCAAGCGACUUCCAAGCCAUUAGAGGACCCCAUCGAUGUCCACGGCAGGACGCUCUUCUCCGCAGAGCUGGCUCUGUCAAGGCAACCCUUCACUGGGCGGGUAGUCUUCGCGGCUUGGCGGCGAAUCAGCCAGGAGGAGAAGGCAAUGAGCCUCGAGAAGCAGACGCGAGAACUGGAGGCGCAGCUUGCACGUGCAGCGUGCGAAAAAGCUUUGUCAGUGAAGCAGCUGGAGCAGCGUCUGGCGUUCCAAGACGAUGAGGGCGGCCAGCAGGUGUCCUUCGAGUUCCAGGCAUUGCAAACUCAGAAAUUCGAGGAACGCUUGCGUAGCUUCAACUUUGGCCUCGUGAAGAGUCGGUCAAAGCCCACCGCACACCUCGAAGUUCCAAAAGAAGUUGUUGUGGCAGUCGAGGCCGAAAAACGCGCCUCCAUUCUCAUUUACAUCUCCCUCGAUGCGAUUGGGGCUUUCUCGCCGCAGUCCAUGUUGCAGGCCAUGCUUUAUUCCGACGCAACGCCCGCCGGACCAAAUCCGCAGCAGACCAUGCUCAUGCACAUGACCGGCGACGCCGGGGGUGCAGAGUUCUGUCCGUUGCCUCUAGCAAGCCGUCGCCCAUGCAACGCUGGGGCCAUUCCGGGCCCGGCGCAUGCGGAUGCCCAGACCCUGAUCGAGGAUUGUGGUUUCUCCUAUUUCCUGCUGCUCUACUUUGCAGUGCUCUCCAACCAUGUCCUUGCCAUAACACCCGUCCGUCCCCCGUCCGUCGCUAUACCAUGCUAUGUCAUGCCUAUGCUGAGCCGGACCUCCGCACCCGGUGCCGUGAGGACGAACGGGCAUGCCUACACGGAGACCUGA